AUGAGAAACGUUGUUCAAAAAUAUUUAUAUAGAAACUAUUUAAAAUUAAAUUAUAAAAAUAAGUUUUUUAGUUUAAAUAAGAAAUGUAAUUUCUCUGGAUAUAAGAUUUAUAAUGAUGGAUUAACUCAUAGUGAAUUUUCCACUGAAUUGAAAACAGUAAAAGAAUCUAUAAAAAUGCCUAUAUUUCGCAUAUUAGAUACGAAUGGAAAUUUAUUAGAUGGUCAUAAACCUCCAUUUGAAGAGGAAGAAAUAGUAAAUAUUUACAAAGAUAUGGUAGAAUUUUCCAUAUGGGAUGAAAUAUUUUAUGGUAUACAAAGACAAGGACGUAUUUCUUUUUAUAUAGUAAAUGAUGGAGAAGAAGGAUUGCAAUAUGGGAUGGGAAAGGCAUUAACUGUAGAUGAUCAUUUAUACUGCCAAUAUAGAGAAACAGGAGUUUUACUAUCUAGAGGUUUUGAUUACACUAAUAUACUUAAUCAACUUUUUGGAACUAAAUACGAUGAAGGGAAAGGUAGACAAAUGUGCAUAAGCUAUACAAAAAAAAAACUGAAUAUUCAUACAAUUACAACUCCCUUAGCAUCACAAUUACCUCAUGCUGCUGGAUGUGGUUAUGCAUUAAAGUUAAAAAAUAAAAAGGCAGUUGCUGUUGCAUUUUGCGGGGAUGGAUCAUCAUCUGAAGGAGAUUUUCAUGCCGCUGUCAAUUUUGCAUCAGUAAGGCAAUCACAAACAAUGUUUGUUUGUAAAAAUAACCUAUAUGCUAUAUCCACAUCUGUUAAAGAUCAAUAUAGAGGAGAUGGAAUUGCUCCUAGGGCAAUAGCUUUGGGAGUAGAAUCAGUUAGAGUUGAUGGAAACGAUUUAUUUGCUAGUUACUUAGCUACUAAAAAAUUAAGAGAUAUUUGUAUUAACGAGUCCAAACCAGUUUUUAUUGAAUUCAUGGCAUAUAGAUAUGGUCACCAUAGUACAUCAGAUGAUUCAUCCUUAUACAGACCAAAAGAAGAGAAUGAGGCAUGGAGAAAAGAGGGUGUUCAUCCUAUAAGUAGAUUAUUUUUAUAUUUAAAAAAUAAUAAUUUAUACAGUGAAAAAGAAGAUCAAUUGCAUAGAAAAAGUGUUAAAGAAAAAGUAUUAAAAGAAUUAAAAAAAUAUGAGAAAAUUAAAAGAUAUAACAUUGUAGGAGGAUUGUUUGAAGAUGUUUAUCAUGAUGAAGAUUGGAACUUAAAGGAACAAAGAGAGAAUUUUGAAAAGUUUUUCAAAGAAAAUAAAAAAUAUUAUGAUACAUCAAAGUUUGAUAAUUAA